AUGAGUUCCAUUGAUUUGGGAGCUGCAAUUUAUAUUGCUAUAAAACCAAUUUUAAAAAUUUAUUCCAUCAUUUUUGUUGGAUAUUUACUUGCAAGGUAUAACAUUGUGACAACUGAAAUUGCUAGAGGUAUUUCAAAUAUGGUGGUAAAUGCAAUUUUACCGUGUCUGACAUUUAAUAAGAUCGUGACUAAUUUAUCCUGGCAUGAUAUAAAAGAAAUUGGUGUAAUUGUUCUAUCUGCAAUAGUAUUGUUUGCUGUUGGUACAGCACUGUCUUUAUUGACUAAUUACGUCGCUAAGACUCCAAAGGAAUGGUUUUGGGGUCUGGUUUUUGCAGGUUUAUUCCCAAAUAUUAGUGAUUUACCAAUCGCUUAUGUUCAAAGUAUGGACAAUGGGACAGUUUUCACUGAAGAUGAGAGUAAUAAAGGUGUUGCAUAUUCUUGUAUCUUCUUAACUGUUCAAAGUUUUUUAAUGAUGAAUUUUGGACUAUGGAGAUUAGUUGGGUACGAUUUCGAAAAAGCUGAUGAUGAUUCUGAUUCGAUCCCAGAUGACUCAGAUAGGGUUGCUAAUAAUAACAUAAAGGAUAAAAAUGAUGAUUAUAUGGAAACAACUAGUGAAAUUAUAAAGAAUAAGGAAUUAAAUGAGAGAUUAGAUGAAAACUUACCAAACAAAACGUUACAUGAUGAACAAAGUGCUAUGGAUAACACAAUAUCGCAUGGACAAGAGACCUUUGACACGGUACCCGAAAGUUUAAGAAGCAUAGAUAGUUUAUAUAGUUCAGAGUUUUUGAACAAUGAAGCAGACUCUGCUCAUGAUAAUGUUUCAAGAGUGGAGUCGUUACAACUAUUUAUUCCCGAAGCGGCUCAUAAAAGGAUUCCCUCAACCAGUACUAUGUCUGAUGUUUUUAAAACUUUCUCUGACCCUUUAUUCGGUGGAUCAUCUGCUUAUGACCAACCAUCGAGAAUUGAUGGUCAAGUAUUCCAAAAUAAUACAAACCUAAAACAAAUGCAUACGUUCAGUAGUAUACCGAGUUAUAUGUCAGUGGGAUCUUUGAGAAAACGGAGAACAUCAAAGACAAGGUCUAGAAAGCCUUCGAUCAAUGAUGUUAUUGAAGAAUACUCGGCAGUGGACAGAAUUAAAACUGGUGAACUAGAUUUGUCAAAACCCUUGACUUUGACUGAGGACAUAGGGACAUCGAACGUCAACAUUGUAAGAGCAGAUGUCAAAAUGCAUGAUCUCGAGAGCGCAUACCAAAAAGAUGAUGAUUCUCAAAUCCAUAGUUUCGAAGAAAUAAAAAACGGUGUUCAUAAUGUUCCAAGUAAUGUAGAAACAGAGAAUUCAUCAGAUGCUGAACAUUAUGCAAUUAAAGGUUCUCUCAAGAUUAGGGUAAACAAUUUUAUUAGAGAACAUAAACUUGAAUGGUUAGUUUAUAUUGCAAUCAACUUUUGUAGGCCAGCGUCGUUGGGUGCAUUACUGGGUAUUAUAUGUGCUCUAGUUCCUUAUUUGAAAGCUCUUUUUGUUAUAACGUAUGUGCAUGUGCACUUGGCACCAGAUGGUGAACCAGUUUUAAACUUUUUGAUGGAUUUCACUGCAUAUAUAGGAAAUGCAUGUAUUCCACUAGGUUUACUUAUGUUAGGAGGUACACUGGCCAGAUUAGAAAUUAAAUCUUUACCCAAAGGCUUUAUGAAAACAGCAGUGAUGCUUACAGCAUUGAAGCUUGCCCUAACACCUGUUAUUGGUGUUGCAUGGACAAACAAAUUAGCUGAUCUAAAUUGGUUAGAAAAUAGAAUUGGUAGAUUUGUCAUGAUCUUAACAUUUUCAAUGCCAAGUGCAACUGCACAAGUUUAUUUUACUGCAUUUUACACACCAGUGGGGCCUAAGCAUGUUCAAAUGGAUUGUUUGUCUGUGUUUUUCCUAAUGCAAUACUGUGUUUUAUUUAUUUCAUUAUCAAUUGUUUUAACUUAUGCGUUAAAGGUUAAUUUAGGGGUAUAG